AUGGCCGAAUACCUGGAGUCAUUGUUCCUCACUGGCUCGGAGUUUCUGACACCUCCAGCCACUAAUACCACAGCUAGUGAUCGUGCCUCAGCUAGUACUGAAGAACGCUCUGCUCCAACCACCGAAAGCACUAGUCAAGAAAGUCAGCGUGAUGGAGCUCGUCCACCUUCGUCCAUCGCUGAGUCGGGUUCGUCCGAUGGGGCUCAUCCAUCGUCGUCAACUGAAUCGGCUUCAUCGUCCAGAAUUCGUCGUAAGUCGGAAUGUGUUUCUGACGAAGUUCAAGGAAACGACGCCAAGCGAAGCAAGAACAGCCAACGAUCUGUUUCAUACUUUUGCAAAAUGUCCGAUCGCCCGCCAUCUCCACCUAUUAACCUCGCCUUUAGCCCUCUACGGGAAAUGACUCUUGAAGAGAAACACGCAGUUUUUCUGUACUUCUUUCGCUUGCGAAUCAAUGCUGAAGUCGAUGAAGUCAAACAAUUCUUAAACUCCGUGUUUCAUGGAGAAGAGAGAUUUGUUCUCAUCGAUCAGUAUCUUUCUAUUCCAUACUUUUUUCUUGCUUGCAUCAAUGAUGUUGACGUCACCACUAUUCGUCUCGGCACCACCUUCGAUUCAUAUGGUGUCUCGAUUCUUCUAGAUAUUCGUGCUCGUAAUAUCAGGCUUUCCAGAAGAUUUUCGAUUCGUGCUGACCAAUCUGUUUGGACUAAUCAUAUUGAAAUGGUAGCUAACGAACUCAUUUCUUUCUCUGUUUAUGCGCAUUUCUUAAACUAUCCAAAUUAUGUUGUUCCUGAGGAAUUCAUGAACACGCUCUCAGAACAUCUCAUCUCCGUCGUGAACGUGCUCCAUGAGUGA